GGUUCACCUCUCUUUCUUCUCUGAUUCUCCAUUCCAUUCCCCCUUUUCCAUUCUCACUCUGAGGCACACAACACAUCCAAACCCCAAACUCAACCCGCAAAAUUCUAGGGUUUGUGUUUGCGGUACCAUAAUGUCUCAGAACGGGAAGCUCAUGCCCAAUCUCGACCAGCACAGCACCAAGCUCCUCAACCUCACUGUUCUUCAGUGCAUCGACCCCUUCGUCGAGGAAAUCCUCAUCACCACUGCACACGUCACCUUCUACGAGUUCAACAUCGACCUCUUCCAAUGGAGCCGUAAGGACGUCGAGGGAUCCCUCUUUGUUGUCAAAAGGAACACGCAACCGCGAUUUCAGUUUAUUGUGACGAACCGUCGCAAUACUGGAUCCUUAAUGCAUAUGCUAAGCUGCCUCCAAAGUCAAAGGUGUCUUUUACAAAGAGGUAAUAAUACUACUAUGUUUCUAUCUGGUGCCACUACCUUAUCCUGUUCCCAGUAUUAA